GCGUGGCUCGGCUCGGGCCGGAGCUCCGCGGCCAGUCCCUCAGCAGCGCGGCGGCACCGGCACCAUGAGGAACGGCGAUGACCUGGAGGGCUUCGACGGCGAAGCGUCCAGCACCUCCAUGAUCUCGGGGGCCAGCAGUCCCUACCAGCCCACCACGGAGCCCGUCAGCCAGCGCCGCGGGCUGGGCGGCCUCCGCUGCGACCUGGACUACCUGCGGGGCACCUUCGGCAGGAUCAAGCUGGCCGAGGUGGUUUUGGCACUGAUUGCAUUCAUCUGCAUAGAGACCAUCAUGGAAUGCUCCCCUUGCGAAGGCCUUUAUUUCUUCGAGUUUGUGAGCUGUAGUGCAUUGGUGGUUACUGGAGUUCUGUUGCUUAUGUUCAGUCUAAAUCUUCACACAAGAAUACCGCAGAUCAACUGGAAUCUUACUGAUCUGGUCAACACUGGACUCAGCACUUUCUUCUUUUUCAUUGCCUCUGUAGUACUUGCUGCUUUAAACCAUAAAACUGGAGCAGAAAUUGCUGCUGUGAUAUUUGGUUUCUUGGCAAUGGCAGUGUAUGCUGUGAACACAUAUUUAGCUAUUAAAAAGUGGCGAAUGAACAGCAGACAACAAAAUAGUCGGCAGACCAGUGAUUACAUACGUGCUCGGACAGAAUCCAGAGAAGUAGAUCAUCGCCCUGAGAUUCAGCGUCUGGAUGCAUGAAAGCAACAUUCAAAUGGGACUGCAAAGGGAAAAGAAGUAGUGCUUAACUCCCUCAUGGAAUAAAGGGUUUUUUCUUUAUUUAAGGAAGAAAAGGAAGAUCAGAUGGUGGCAAAGAAUGCCCAGCCCUGCAUAUGUGCAGAGAUGCAUUGAGUCAGAAGCUGUUGUCAUGAAGGCAGUAAAUGUUGGUCAUUCAAAAGCAAGAUCUGUUUCAGAUGUCCACAUAUAUAUACACAUAUAUUAUAUAGCUUAUAUAAUAUAUAUUAUAUAUAUGUUUUGAAGUAUGUUAUUGUUUUGGGUUAACUGCACAGUACUUUCCUUCCCUCUCCCAAGUGCGAGCUCUGAAUAUACAUGUUCUGCCACUGUAUCUUCAUCUAUUGUAAACACUAAGACCAGUGCUACAUCGGUUGGUUAAUAUAGGAAAGAAAUCCACCAAAAGUAAAUUUAAUACAUGUGAAAAGGAAGUGAGGGGCAAAUAGCAAUAACUUUAGCCAUGUAUCGUCUCCAACAAACUCUCUGUAUCCAUCCUCAUGCAGCCUUGGCAGUGCAGCUCAAUUCUCAUCUGCAAGAUCUCCUGCAGUUUCACUGUUGGUGCACUUACAUAGCUGAAAUGGACAACCAUUUCACAUUUUUUUUUGUUUGAUGGAUAUAGUGUUGAGGUAGUUACCCUAUGGGUUACUCUGAAAUUGCCAUAUUCAGUUCAUGCAUGACCUUGGCCAGAUCUGAACUUGUGCAAAGUUAGCAUGUUUACUAAAUGGACACCAUAAUGCAUCAAGUGCAAGUAUGUGGUUAUUUGCUAAUGUUGGGAUACAUUCUAUUUUUCAUUCCAAAAUGGUAAAAUAAAUAUGCGUAGGAGGCAGGGUGGAGAAGAUGGGGUUGAAGGGCAUGGUAGAGAAAGAAGUUGUCAUCCAGUAGACUUGCAUUCCAGUCAUGGCUUUCUUCUUUUUUCCUUUUUUUUCUUUCUUUUUUUUUUUUAAGGUUCAACCUUUCUGAGAAGCCUAGGGUAAGCAAGAACUAGCAAAAAAUUAUGGUGUGCUUAUAAAGUGUUUCUAAGGUUGCAAUAUUGUGAUUCAUGUAAGAUAAAUAUUUUCCUUUUUGGAAGGUUGAUUGUUUCUUCUAAAAUUAAAACUGUUGGUAGUAGGUAAAACUGAUUUUUUAAAUUUUUUUUUUUAAUUGGGUGUUUCUGCAAAUUUUUUCCCCUAAUAUUUCUUUGGAAAAUGAGUUUAGAUAAUUGGAGGAUAAUAUGGUUGUAUUGAUUUGUUUAGAAAUAGUUUUACCUAACUGAAGUUUUCUUAUUUUAAUUGUACUUCCAGUGAAGAGAAGGAUGUUUUCUCUACUCAAAACUCAAAUUCUGCAGUAAUUGGUUAGACAAUAUCAUAAUGUUAUUAGGAAGAUGUCCCUUGAUAUUUUUCUGGUUUUUGGAUUAGCGUUUUUACCUACGUAUUCCAUUAUUUGGCAUAUGCAUGCCUGCAUGUUACAUGAAGAAAAUGUGGGGGGGGAAGAAGAUCUCUAGAGCUGAAUUCGUUUCUGGUGUAAGCUGAUGAAAUCUUUGAUAUUAGUGGAACUGUAUGCCAUGUAUGCCUGAAUUUAUCUCACAUUUGACUUGAACACUUUUUGCAUUGUGUUCUUAUGUAGCUGUACUCUUAAGUGGAUGAAUGCAGUUAACUGGAGUCUUAAGAACAAACAGCGAUAUGUUGCAGAUAGGUCACUUUUAAACAUGAAAAACAGAUUAUACCAAGCAGAAGAUCAGUAGAAGUGCCUGGGCUUUUUUAGUACCGGAGGGAACUGGGAUAGUGACAGGUAUGAACCUAACGCUGCAAUGUUUGAAUCAAGCAACAGAGAAUUAUUUUGAUGUGUGAAAAACCGGUGACAAAACUGAUGUCUUUUCAUUUUCAAUUUACUUAUGUUUACAGUGCAUUUCACCUUAGUGGCUAAGACGGAGAUUAAAAUUCAGAAAGAGCUACUAAUGAGGUUAAAGAAAACUUGCAUUUUCUUAACGAGUAAUGGUUUACCAAUUACUAUAGUAACAUUUUAUUGUGCUUCAUUGAAAGUUAAUGCCAAAGGGAACACCAGUUUAAAAAAAGAUUGAACCAUAUAAGCCAACCUCUAGUGUUGGGUUUAGAACAUAGACAUUUUAUUGAGGUGGUGUCUCACCAAGAUUACUGUACAUUUCAUGAAAAGUAAAUGACAGUUCCAUGUUCAGUGUGGUAUGAAAUAAUGAAGUUUGUUAUUGCCAGUACAGUUGUUAUAGCCCUGCUGUUUUCCAGCACUCUGCCUAGUAUUGGCAAAGUUUGCAAGGAGAGUUUGUAGAUAUUGCCAAUUAUUAAAAGAACCUUUUUAAAAGUAGCACAAGCAUUACCUAGACUGGAAUUGUAAACUGGCAUUAAAGCAGUUUGUAUAAAGAUUGUAAAAAAACAAAACAAAAACCAAACCAAAAAACCAAACCACCACCAAACAACAAAAAACAAACAAACAAAAACCCCCAAAACCCCACACACCAAAAAACCAAAACACCCUACGCAAAUACAGAAUAUUGUCCUCCAGAAGAUCGAUGCUUUUAGAGUGGAACCCUCAUCUGAAAUCAAGAAACAGAAGUUAGGUGAUGCACAGCAAAGGCUUUUCAUUAGGAGUGUACCCUGUUUGCUGGUUCAUGACAAGGACUGAAAUGGUGGGUACAUAAGAGAACACCUUGUUCCUCUCCUGUACUCCCUGUGCUGACUCUGAUUUUUUCAGAGGUGUGGGAGGUCUCGUGCAUCUAUAAGUUUAUGAAUUUGGUAUCUUUCAAAUCCUUACACCUUUCCUUACGUAGAAAAAGGGUAACUUCGCCAAGCUUUUUCUGGAGUGAGAUCAUGAAAAGCUUUUGUUACCUUUUAGCUGCAAUGACAAAUGCAGAGUGAUACAGUUAGACUUGUAAUACAGUGUAAUACUUCGUCAUGUAGUGUAGUAUACCUGAAUGACCUUGCUUUUACAUGUGAAAUAAGUUUUCUUGAGCUGAGAACAAUAUGCCAUUAUUUAUUACUUACAUCAUGACUUGAGCUUAGCACAGCUUUCAGGGUAGAAUUCAAAGAGAAUAUUAAUUUAAAAAAUAUUAUCUGAUACACUCUGUAAAACAAAAACAAAUGUAAAUUUGUAAUUUCCUUAUUUUGGGGACCAAAGAUGAUUUUAGUAUUGUACAGUAUAUACUUUCUAAAAAUCUAAGUUAAGCAUUUAUUACUCUGCAGAGACAUUAUUUACUAUUUGGAUUAUAUAGAAUGGAAAUAAAGUAGCUGUGAGAGACAACUAAAUUUGAAACACUAAGAUCAUAUGAUAUAUACAUGGUUGAU